AUGAAGCCGGAGAAUGACACAUUCCACGAGCCCCACGGCAAUGUCCCCAUCUAUGAUGCCUGGCGCGUCGGACACGAUUCAUCAAUGGUUCCCGGUCCAGAGAUUCUGAACAAGGGAUAUCGAUUCAUUGACUGUGAGGUAUCAUGCCCUGUGAUCAGCUCUUACGACCCAACCCAGCGUGUGCAGAUCGAGGAUGUGGUGCGUGCCCUACGCGGCCUACGUAUCCAUCUCAAUGAGUCCACCUCAGUCCACGUCCAUAUUGGACGAUGCGGCGCUCAGAACGAGCACGCAGGUUUUGAUCCGCCAACUGGUUCGACAGAUCAGAGGAAUUCGGUGGCCCCACAGGACUGCCCCCUCUAUAUACUGGACACUGACGCCGAGACCCUACGAGGUGAGGGUAGCGGUUCGGAUGCCGGCCUGGAACGCGAGGGCUACCCGCCCGUCUCCGAGCGGGACAUCCACCACAUGAUCGCAGAGGCAGUCGUAGGCCCCUCCUGGCCCUGGCGCUCACGCCCAGGAGUCACAACUUCGCAGCUUGAGGAUUCCCACGAAGGCCUCGACAACGCCGAUACCUCGUUCCUGGAAACCACUCCCAGCAUCGUAUUCGACGACUCCGACCAGAACACGGACGACGGAAAGGUACCGGCAGAGGAAGAACCAACAAAGGGUAAAGCCACAUUAGCGCCAUUAGGAUUCGAACCUAACACCACAUAUAUGGACAACCUGAGGGUCUUUGCACUCGUCGACACAACGCAGACUGACGAGCGCGUCCAAGAACUUCUCCAGCACACGAAACGCAAGCUCAAGAGCGUCGGACUCCUCGGCUUCUACAACGAACACUCGUGCGGAACCCACGUGCACAUCUCGAUGAGCCCGUUCUGGACGAACCUCCGAAAGGUCGCCCAGGCCAUCAUCUUCCACGACGACGCUCUGCGCGCACUGGCCGGGACCAAAAAACCCCGCGGGGCCCCAGAGAAGGGUUUGACUUGGGUGUUCUCACCACCGAGGCCCAACAGGUCCAGCUGCGAGGGACAUGAUGAUCACGCGGACUUGCUCAGAGGAGUCGAGGAGGUGUGCAUCGAAGACAAGUUCGACCGAAGUCCAAAAACGCAGAACGCUUACGCCCCGCUCCUGACUGGCGUACAAGGCCACGGAGUGCUGCAGCGAGUCGAGCGAAACGUCCUGAACGGCCUCGCGGCCUAA